AUGAUGUGCCAGGCGAGGCAGAUGAAAGGCGGACAACAGGCUGUUGCUUUCCAGCAAACAGGAGCUGGAAGCACCUUGACGUCCCACAUCUUUCACAAGUUUGCCAGGGAGUGGCAUGGCCCUGCCUCAGAGGUCGCCACUGCCAGAGACGGCAGUGGCAAGGUAAAGCUGGGGCUGCUGAACGCUUCGCUUUGGCAAGAUGCGCAGCCGCCGUGCGCAUCAGGGGUUAGCCGCCUGCGCACGUUUUCCGGUGACGAAAAUACAAACACGACGCUGCCUAUGGCCUAUGUGUGGGAGGAACUGUUUGGCAGCCCGUUUUUCUGGCUGCGGGCCCCUGAAUGGGAGACGGCUCUCCCGGCCUUUCCCGACCCAGAGGUCAACUCGCCCACGCGGAGACUCAAAGUACUGUACGCCUUGCUGGUGUCGGGUGAGUGCACCGCCAUGCGACACGCGCUGGGAGUGGGCGACCAGACGUAUGGCUGCUGUUUGAGUCUAGACCUAGUACUGGUCAUCUGGAACUUUCAUGCAUUUCGGCUGCAAUUGCAGAGGAUUCUUGCGAACCAGGUUCCCGUGCCAGUGUCUGACUGCCAGUUCUACUUGUUUGGUGAUGAGAUUGUGGGCAGGAAGUGUGACCCACGAGAAGGAUUCCAGAACAAAGUCCAGGAGCUGUUUCGCGUGUAUCCAGCAUACCAGGAUGACUCGCGCCGGCGGCCGAAUUUGCAGACAUCCAUCAGCUGUCAGCUUCCGAAUGGGAGAAGUUUCUGCAGGAGUGCCACUGAACGAGGUGCCGCUGAACUGGGCAAGGAGCAAGAUCCAUUCUUUCGGCGGCAGAGGUCUGUAUCCCUGUGCCUCCGGAAGCACGCAGCUUGGGACAUCGAACAUCAUGAUGGCUAUAGCCAUGGCAUCUCCAGGGGGGAUCUGGACGAUGGCAAGGUUGACAACAAUGCGACAUCUUAUUCGGACAACACCACGCUCACCCCACAGUCGGCCUGUUUGGACGUAGGUGAUAUGUGCCCAUUGCCAAUGUCCCGAUGUUCAUCCAUGCGAAGUGCAGCGACGUCAUCCGGAAACUGGCAACAACCAGAGUCCACGCUGAUUUUUUUAGAUUGGGACGACACGGUGUUUCCCACAACUUGGCUGGAAUCUAAGAAGGCUUUCCAAGCCUGGUGUCGUAGUGGAGCCUGGCGCAGUGAGGCUGCGCCGGUUUUGGAUGCUGCAGAUGUGGGUAUGUUGAAGGAAAUGGAACAGGCGGCGCGAUCAAUCGUUUCUACCGCUUUUGACUUGGGCCAUGUUUGUUGUGUAACGUUGGCGCAACCUCCAUGGCAAGAAGUGUCCAUGAAGGUCUUCAUGCCCAAUUUGUACGAGCUUUGGCAGGACCUUGGCAUUGAGGUCGUUUAUGCCAGCCAGGAGACAGACAGCAGACGCUAUGGUAGCUCUGCCCCAGCUGCGAGGGCCAUCGUCAAGGACGCCAACGAGCAAGAUGACCUCUUCAAACAGCAGCAAAUGCAAAAGAAAAUGAAAGCCAUGGAGAAGACAGUGAAGCGGGUUUUCGGCCAGUCGUGGAAGAAUCUCAUUAGCAUCGGUGACGGUGAAGCUGAGUGGGAUGCUCUCCAUGACCUGGCUUUCAACCACGAAAACCCGGUCAGCGCAAGGACCCACCGGCAGAAGGAGCUGCGAGUGAAGACCGUGAAGCUGCUGGAGGAGCCAACCUGCUCUUUGCUCCAGUCGCAGCUGAAGGUGCUUGAGGCCUGGCUGCCGUCCAUUGCCCUUGGCGAGGACGACAUCACCAUGCGAUUGCCAGAGAACGAGGACGAAAUUCUCGCCCUGCACCAGGCGUUCAUGUCCGAGCCCUUCUAG